ACCGAAAGUUUAGCUCGUCAGAGAAGAGAAAACGAUUCUUAAGGGGACAGGCGGGCUUUGUAUAUAAACAGGGGCGAGCUCAGCUCAGGCGGGCACAGCUGAUCAUCACUGGUCCAGUUCAACAAACUUUCUGGAGGACUUUUCUGUUCUUACGCUAAAGAUGGAUUUAACCAUCACCAUGGUUGGGGGCUCCCAUACGCUGCGGGUGGAGCCGCAUCACACGGUGGGCUACGUGAAGACACUCGUCCAUCAGAAACUGGGGGUGCCGCCUCACAAGCAGAGGCUGGUGUUCGUGAACGGCAACAGGGUCGACCUCAGCAACGACGCGCAGACGGUGGCGUCCUGCGGACUGAGGUCCGGCUCCGUGGUGUCGCUGCUGGUGAUCGAGCCUCCCACCGUCCAAGUGUUCCUCAGAAACGAACAUGGAGGCACGAGCGCGUACGACAUCAAACAGGGGGAGACUGUUAAAGAGUUCAAGGCCAGGGUCGAAGAACGGGAGAAGGUCCCGGUGAGCCAGCAGAGGCUCAUCUACGAGGGCCGCGAGAUGGGGAGCGGGACGCUGGCCGACUACAACGUGCAGCCGCUCGGCACCAUCUACCUGAACCUCCGCCUGAGAGGAGGAUGAGACCCGGCUGUGUUACUGUAUAAGCUAAUUAAUAUGAAAUUUACAUUCCUUGAAUUCUGAUGAAGAUCAAGUAGUCUUAAUCGCCGUCUUCCGUUUCGGUAUUUAUUUGUAUGAACUGCCUGUCGUAUCCAUUCUCCUCUCCUGUGGUGAUAUGUAAUUCACACUGGAAACUGUAAAACUAUUGUUUUUGAUAAACACCUUUUAAUCAUGAUUAUGGUCCAUUGUUAAAAAUAAAAUCACUAAUGUGACUCAA